GCAUGGAGUCCUGUACCCAGAGUGUGUCUGACCCUGUGCUGUCUCCGUCCCUCUGUGUUGCAUCGUAACCAUCAACAUGGCCCCCAAGAAGAAGGAAGAGCCCAAACCAGCAGCUGCGCCCAAGCCCCCAGAGCCUGAGCCCCCCAAGGAGCCAGAGUUUAACCCAGCUGAAGUCCAGAUCGAGUUCACCGCUGAGCAGAUUGAGGAUUUUAAGGAUGCGUUCCAACUGUUCGACAGGACGCCAACCAACGAGAUGAAAAUCACCUUCGCUCAGUGUGGUGAUCUGAUCCGGGCUUUGGGUCAGAACCCCACCAACGCUGAAGUUAUGCACGUCUUAGGCAAACCCAAAGCUGAAGAAAUGAGUGUGAAGAUGCUGGAUUUUGACCAGUUCCUGCCCAUGCAUCAACACAUCUGCAAGGCCAAAGACCGCGGCACCUUUGAAGACUUUGUUGAGGGCCUGAGAGUGUUUGACAAAGAGGGCAAUGGAACAGUGAUGGGUGCUGAACUCAGACACGUCCUCGCUACCCUGGGUGAGAAGAUGAAGGAAGAUGAGGUUGAGCAGCUGAUGGCUGGGCAGGAGGAUGCCAACGGCUGUAUAAACUAUGAAGCUUUUGUAAAGCACAUCAUGGCUGGCUGAACAAAUGAUCAAGACACUUCAAAUAAGGAUACAAGAUAAUGUCAAUUUUAUUUCAUCGUUGUGCUUUUUUAAAAAUUCUAAUCCCACACAGGAGUGUCCUGCCAUCGGUCCGCUGUCCUCAUUGUCUCCAACGUCUACUUUUUGUGUGGCUCCUCUGUCACGCCUAAAUGAUUCCAUCAUUUACUUGUUUGUCAAUUCAAAAAAAGUUGAAUAAAUGUCACGCUUGGUUUAAAGUGC